AACUAAUAUCACGUGGUACAGACAUUUUGUUCCUACCUUUAAGGUUAAAAGCAAGAACAUAAUAACAAACCUGGUCGGGCGCCACAUUUCGGAAAAAUAACGGAAGAGGCAUUCAGCCGUUUAGGAUGGAUUCCGAUUUAUCGCACAUUAUUGAGCAAGCUCUCCUGUAUGCAUCCCCACUUCCUUUGGGACCAAAACCAGUGGACCUGAAUGAUGCAGAUAAUGUUCACCAGAAGGUAACAGUUUUACAUGAGCCCAGUUGCCAUGCCGACAACAUGACGUCUUUAGUGGCAGCGAAAAAUGACCUGCUCACUUCUGAAGAUGGAAUUCACCGUUUUGUCGAGGAGAUGGAAACGUUUCCCACCAUCACCUCCAAUGAAGUGCGAAGCAAGGAUUUAAUGGGGUCUGAUAAUUCUAAUGAAGACAUCAACCCUCAUAUUAAUCUUGACAUAACAGACAAUUUACAUUCCUCCUGGCUUUCCAAAGUGAAUCGUUCCACUGACAGCGAAAUUAUCGGUGAAGAGUUGACCUCGGCCUUAAAGGUUGUGCAGCGUUGUCAGCCAACACUACAGGAAGGGGAACUGGUUAUUGGCAGCAAUCCACAACCAUCUGAUUUGCAGCCUAAAAUCAAACGUAAAAGAAAUCGGGUGAAGAAUCCUGACCCCCCACCUGAGGCCAUUCUGCCUCCAUGUAAGAUAUGUGAUGAAAAGUCAUCAGGCUAUCACUAUGGGACCAAUACCUGUGAGCCAUGCAAGGCUUUCUUUCGCCGCACGCUAAAAAAGAAAGAGGUCAACUACCAGUGCAAAUGUCAGAAGGGGGAACAGGAAAUGUGGAAGCAAGGGCCAUACAAAAAUGGCUGCCCAGCGUGUAGAUAUGAAAGAUGUCUAAUGAUGGGGAUGUCACAAAAUGCUAUCAAAAUCGGCCGUUACACAACCAACCACAAAAACAAGAAUAUCAAAGAGGUGAAGACACUUGAAGCGCAAGAAAAGAGCCUCAAUAAGAAUUUGGGAACCAGUCUGUCCAAUGGGAACCAGACAAUUUCCACAGUUGAGGUGGUGAUAAUAGAAAACCAGUCAAGUGAUUUGAAUGAACCAAUCGCAGGGACCAGCUAUUGUAUAGAAUUGCAGAAGGGUAUGGAUGAGGGAAAUCUGUUGGAAAUCGCCUUUACACAAGCUGCUGAUAAUACUAGUUUGGAGUCCUUGAUUAGUAAAAUGUUAUCUUCAGCGUCAGGGGAGGGAACUGGUUGUCAGUCGAGCCCCACAGAGUUCUCUCAGGGUUCUAGCUCAUCAUUCCAACAGUCGAAGGACAGUGAAUUACAUUCUUCACAAUCAACUGGUUUAACACAGAAGAGCUCAUCAGAGUCAGCCAGUGUGACCACUAUUCCCCAUUAUUUACGCAUGGGAAUAACACUGAAGGAAAUUGACACAAUUGUUAAGACCCUGACAGAGGCACAUCGUACUACACAGCUCAUUCAGUCUGUGCCAAUUGAGCAGGUCAGACAGAGGCAAGCUGAGUAUCUUGAAAAGUAUCACCUGAAGACACAGUUGUUUGGAGAAAUGAGGGCCAUUUCACGUGCAGAAUUCACGGAGUUCUUCAAAGCUACAGGAAUAGAAAUUGAUGGGAGAAACGAGGAGAUAGAAUGUGCCUUGAAUUUCUUCCAGAAACGUAUAGCGUUUCUUGUAGCCUUCGCUAAAUCUAUUCCGGGCUUCAGAGACCUGUCACUGGAUGAUCAAGCAAGCCUCAUUAAAGCUUCCCGAGUGGAAUCUUCAAUCCUUUCAAGUUACCGCCAGAUGAUGUUGAACUUUGACCAGAAGACUCAGAUCCUUAUCACCCCCUGGGGGCGGGAGUUUCACCUUAAGGAAAUCGAUGGCAUUUUACCUUGCGAUCUUAUAUAUCAGCGCAUAAAGUACUCUGAGAGGGUGCAUGGCCUUGGAAUGACCUAUCAGGAAGAGGCAGUGCUUCGAGCAUUAUUGACGAUGGCCCCUGACCGUUGCGAGCUACAUGAUCCAGACCGUUGUGCUGCCAUGCAGGAGAAGUUGUUUGUGUGUUUGCAGCACUUACUGACAGUCAGGCACGGUGGACCGGGUCGCAUGCUGUUCAAAAUCAUGGACAUCAUCACUGAUUUCCGGAAGCUUACCGAAGCUGAAAACACGAUAGAUCGGACGUAUAUUAAGCCUCACAUUAUGAAAGAAAAAUACUCACUACUCAGAGAGUUCAUGGCUUAGUGUUCAGUUAUUGAAAGCAGACAAAUUGUACCUGAUUUCGUUUUUUGAAUGUUUAUAUAAGACUCGUUCUAAAAAAAAACUGGGUUUAAUGCAUGCGCCUAAAGCGUUUUCCCAGAAUAGCCUGUGCAGUCUACAUAGGCUUAUUAGGGACAGCACUUAAUACUUUUUGGGGAAUUUUUUGUUUAAAGAGAUUCUCUUUUAAACAAAAACAAAACAGUCGGCACAGACUAAUCUGGAACAAUACUUUGUGCACAUGCAUUAAACCCUGUUUUCCCAGAACAAGGCUCAUAAACACGCUCAUAUGUUUUAGUUGCGGACCUGAGACAGUAAAAAACAGCUUACAUAAUACAUAUAUUAUUAAGGAGGUUUUGAACAGUACAUUUAUUCAUCGUUUUUUCAGGGAAUUGGAUUGUAAAUUAUACCAUUUAUGCCUAGUGGAUUCUCCCAUCCUUCUAAAUUGGAUCAAUUCAUUUUCAAAAUAAGGGAUUUUAGUAUACUUAUUUCUAUAUUUAGAAUAUUUCUUACAAAAAUUCCUUUAAGCAAACAGCGUAGACCCUGAUGAGACGCCGCAUUAUGCGGCGUAUCAUCUGGGUCUUCGCUGUUUGCCAAAGCCUUUUUUCUAGAUGCUAGGCAUAAAUGGGUUAAGUUAUGAACAGAAAAGUUGGAAAAAGCGAUUGUUUGUGUUACUUUAGUUUAACCCUUUCCAACUUAGAUACCAAUGUUCACGCAUUUGUAGUCCCUUAGACAGUAAUGUUUAAUUUAAGACCUUUCCAACUAGAUUUAAGUUUCAAUGGCUUCAUCUCCAAACCUUAGAUACUGAUAAGCAGGCUGUUCAGGUUUAAUCCUGUUUGCACAUAGCUAUUUUUACUUUGCUUCUAAGUGGGGAAGAGUUAAACCUAUUUAUUUAAGCUCAAGUGCAUUGAAAGCCUGAAGUCUUUUGGAAAUGGUCUCCAGUACUUACCCUGGUUAGAGCCAGUACUUGGUGUCUAUGGGAGAGAUCUCAAAGACGCUCCCACAAUGUGGAUCAAAAGCCGUUACCUCCAGAUCACUAGGCAGACACACAUCCAAUAUGCCACGGCGACCUUUGAUUGUUUUUGUUGCAUUAUGUAUGUGAUGAAGUUACAUCAUAAUAAGAUUGUUAUGUGUAUAUUUAUCCGUGUGUGAAGGUUCAUAAACACUUACAGAUAUUGUUAAGAUAAAAAAAACUGCAGUUACUUGAUUUUGUAUGUACAUAUACAACAAGUGAAAGCAGCAAUAACCACUUUGAAAUGCGUUAUAUCGUUAAUCAAUUAUACAAUGUAAAAUUUAGCUUAAUAAAGAAUGGUAUAAAAAUCUGGACAGGGCAAAGAUUUUAAAUAGCGAUUGAUGCAAAUUAUUGGCUGUCAAAUUAUUGAACUUGUUGAUCAUUAUUUUUCUUCAAUUAAUGUAAAUAAGAAACGAAAAAUCCCUGCAAUAGUUAAUGUAAAAAGGAAAGAAAAGGAAAGAAAAACUCCUUCAUUAUUUUAUGUAAAUAACCUUUUUCUUCGUCUAAUACUGUAUGUAAAUAUUAACUAACACGAAUAUUAUUUUCUUCAUUAAUAUUGUAAAUAACAAAAAGUUGUGUUUGUUUCCUUCAUUAAUAUUUGUAAUUAUUAUAGUUUUUUAUUUUUUAAAGCCCGGCGAAUUUGAGUGGUUAAUUUAUUUUUAUCUAGGGCGCCUCGCUGAUCUGUGACUGUGUGUUAACCUUGGAAUUAGGUCAAAAAUGUGUGUUUUGUUUAUGUUUUCAUAUUUAUCUGCAGUACAUUCACCGAGAUUGAUUAAUUUAUAAUUUGAAUUUAACUAAAGUGAUGCAGAGAUUUAAAACUUGUGGACUGUCAGGUCUGUUUAAAGUCGUAUACUUUAUCGAAGUGUGCUUAAUAAAUUACCGGCGUAUAUAGUUUUUGUUAAGGUUAGAUAUGACUAUAAUACCCACUACUGCAACAUAUGAAACGUUGAUGAAGUCGUUGUUUAAAGUCGUAUACUUUAUCGAAGUAUGCUUAAUAAUUUAACGGUUUAUAUAGUUUUUGUUAAGGUUAGAUAUGACUGUAAUUCAUAUGACUGCAACACAUGAACAUUGAUGACAAUUUGUAUUUUAUGUGUGGAUGUGUUGUUCCUUGUUUGUUUAGCACAUGUACGUUGUAAUGAGCUUGAUUGUAGGUUUUAGCUUUUAGAAAAAAAAUAUUUUGAUAAAUUUGACAAUUUGUAUUUAAUAUAUGGAUAUGUUGUUCCUUGUUAGAUAUGACUAUAAUGCAUACUACUGCAACACAUAAACGUUGAUGAAGUCGUUGUUUAAGGUCGUAUACCUUAUCGAAAUAUAUGCUUAAUAAUUUACCGGUUUAUAUAGUUUUUGUAAAAGUUAGAUAUAACGGUAAUUCACAUGACUGAAACACAUGAACAUUGAUGACAAUUUGUUUUUUAUAUGUGGAUGUGUUGAUCCUUGUUUGUUUGUUUAGCGCAUGUGUGUUGUAAUAAGCUUGAGUGUGGGGUUUUAAUUUUUUAGAAGAAAAACAUGUUUUGAUAAAUCAAAACUCUCCUAUUGCUUAUAAGCAAUUUAUAUGUAAAAAUUAAAUGACUCUUCAAUUUUAUGAACACUUUCGGAUUUCAAUAAUUGAUACAUUCCAAAUAUUAUCAAAUGUAAAAUAUAUGUUGUUAAAUCAUGUAUUUAGAUGUAAAUUAGCCUAUAUGUUUUGAUUUACAAUCAAUUCUCAUAUGUUGAAACUCCUUUUGUACAUUUUGUUUCUGUUUCGUUGUAUUUCGCUUGUUUUUUUUUGUUUUUUUUCAAAUGUGGUAUUUUAUAUUUUCUCUGAUUUUAUGUUUUUCUGUUGGUUUGUAUGAAGAUAGAAUGAAUUUUGUACAUCUUUUGUGUAAAUGUAUAUAUAUUAACAGUAGAGAAACCAACUGGACAUGUUUUCAAAUAGAAUCUAACUGGACAAGCACACACAAAUUAGCAUUUACAUCACCCUUCACCUCUUUAAAUGAUUAAAUUAUGCACUUUGAAUGUCAAAGGGCUAAGCAAUAAAGACAAACGCAUAAAAAUCUUCAAAUGGUUAGACGAAAAAAAAUAUAGUAUAUGCCUAUUACAAGAAAGUCACUUGACACCUACUUUAGCACAAACCGUAAAAGAUGAAUGGGACGGAGACAUCUAUCUCAGUGGACAACAUACUAAUAAACAAGGCAUUGCCUUUUUGAUAAAAAAUAAUAUAGGGAUCACAGUCGAAAACUUUAACGAAAUAAUAAUUGGCAGACAAGCAAGUAUAGAUAUCAAAAUACACGAAACACAAUUAACAUUAAUCAACGUUUACGGCCCUAACAUAGAUGACUCCACAUUUUACGAAACAUUACAAUCCUUUAUAAUUAACAACCAAGAUAAAAACAUUAUAGUCGGUGGUGAUUUUAAUACUGUCCUUAACCCAUUACUAGAUAAAAAGAAGGGAAACCUUUAUACGCAUCCUAAAAAUAGAAACAUUUUAAAUAACAUAAUUGAAAACUACAAUAUGAUAGACAUCUGGCGUACUGUAAAUCCAAACGAAAGCAAAUUCACCUGGCACUCAAACACAAAACCAACAAUAUUCUGCAGAUUAGACUAUUUUUUAAUAUCUGAAUCUCUUUGCAAUAUUAUUGACACAUGUAGCAUAAAACCAGGAUUCAUGACUGACCACUCUCUAGUUGAACUUAUAAUACACAAAAUACAACCUGAAAGAGGCCCAGGAUACUUUAAAAUCAAUAACAGCAUAUUAUUAGAUACACAAUACCAAACGCAAAUAAAACAAGAAAUACUCAAUACAGUUCAAAAUAAUAAAGAUGCAAACCCAAACACCUUAUGGGAAGUAAAUAAAGGAAAUAUACGUAACACAACGAUUAGAUACACAUCAUUUAAACAAAAAGAAACACGCAAACUUGAAACUGAAACCAUCAAAAUCAUUGAAACACUUGAAAAACAAUUACAUGAAACAAACACAAACGAUACAAAAGACAUUGAGAAUGAAAUAACAUUAAACAAACAAGUAUUAGAAGGAAUUUAUCAUACACAACUCAAUGGAAUAAUAUUACGAGCACGUGCACAGCAUGUUGAACACAAUGAAAAAAAUACAAAAUACUUCGCAAACAUCGAAAAACGUAGAAGUGAACAAAAAACUGUACACAAAUUAGUAGUUAAUGGCGAAGAUAUAACACACAGAACUCAAAUAGUAGAAGAACAACGUUUGUUUUUUUGAAACCCUCUAUAAACGAAAACAUGUUGAAAAUAACGCCCUCUUUAAAAAUACACACCAUGCUUUAAAUCAAGAAGAAAAACAACUGUGCGACGGAUUACUUAAUAAAUAUGAAUGUGGAAUAGCACUUAAAGAAAUGCAAAAUAACAAAAGUCCAGGAUCUGAUGGCAUCACAGUCGAAUUUUAUAAAAUAUUCUGGAACGAUAUUAAAACACAUUUAAUUAAUUCACUCAACUAUUCAUUUAACAACAAAAACCUAACUACGCUACAAAAGCAAGGUAUAAUAUCACUCAUUCCAAAACCUGGAAAAAACCUAGAACCCUUAUCAAACUGGCGCCCGAUUAGUCUACUUAACAAUGAUUAUAAAAUUGCAACUAAAAGUAUUUCAAACAGAAUCAAAAAAGUAUUACCAUCAGUCAUUUCAAGAUCACAAUCUGGUUUUAUUAAAGGACGAUACAUUGGUGAAAAUGUACGUCUGAUACAAGAAUGCAUAAACUAUUUCAACCAACCAAACAAUUCUGGCCUCAUCUUCUUUGCAGACUUUGAAAAGGCUUUCGAUUCACUAGACCAUUCGUUUAUGUUCUCUUGCUUAGAAAAUAUGAAUUUCGGUGAAAGUCUAAUUAAAUGGGUAAAACUAUUUUAUACCGAUAUUAACAGUAUAAUAAUUAACAAUGGCUUCUUCUCAAACAGUUUUAACAUCGAACGAGGGGUACGACAAUGAUGUCCACUCUCAUCCUCACUAUUUAUUAUAUGCAUCGAGUAUCUAUCACACUAUAUUCAAUCAAAUAAACAUAUAAAUGGAAUAUCGCUAGAACCUGACGAAGAAAUUAAACAGUCGCUAUUUGCUGACGACGCAACUUAUUUUUUAAAUGACAGUAUUGACUCAUUCAAUAAUCUUAUAGAAUCGCUUACCCUUUUUGGAAUGGCAUCGGGUCUUAAACUUAACAAAAGUAAAUGCACUGUGCUACGAGUAGGUAAAUUUAAACAAAGUAAUAUUCAACUUAAAAAAGAAAUGAAAUUCCACUGGACAUCAGAUGAAGCAACAACGUUAGGAAUAACAUUCACAAACAAUGAAAAUGAAACAGUUCUAAAAAACAUACUGCCUAAACUACAAAAAUUUAAAAAUUGUCUAAAAUCAUGGCAGCAUCGUAAACUAACACUUAUCGGAAAAAACACGGUGUUGAAAACGUUUGCACUACCUAAAUUAAUUUAUACACUAACAGUUCUCCCAAACCCACCAAAAGAUAUUAUUAAAGAUAUACAAUCAGAAAUAUUUAAUUUCAUAUGGGACGGUAAACCUGAUAAAAUUAAGCGAACUCAAUUAAGUUAAUUCAAUCUGUAGAAAAUGGAGGUAUCCAAUUAACGGACAUCUACUCAUUCUUGAAUGCAAUCAAAUGCAGCUGGGUUAAAAGAUAUCUAGAUAAUACCAAUACAAGUAAAUGGAAAUUAUUCUACCAGAAAAUCCUAAAAAAAUAUGGUGACUCCUUACUUUUGAAUGUAACAUCAGCAAUACCAUAUUGCAUGAAAUUGCAAACGAAAACAUAUUUCUAUCAAAUGUUUUAUCAGCAUGGACUAAUGUUACUCAUAAUCUAGAAACCCAAAUCACCAGUAAAACUAUUCUAUGGAACAAUAAAGACAUAACUUUAAACAAUAAGACUUUUUUCUAUAAACAUUGGUUUGAAAAAAACAUUAAAUAUGUCGACCAAUUGUACGAUUACAGAAUAAAAGACUUCUAUUCUUUUGAGAAUAUAUGUUAUAUAAACGGAAUACCUUCAGGCAAUUUCCUAAUGUAUUACACAUUAAUUAAAAGCAUACCCUUACAUAUUAAAUCUACAAUUAAUACAAAUAACACACCAUGUACUCGAACAUCAUUCACGGAAAACAUACUUGCAAAACAAAACAAAACAAACAAAAUAUUCUACAAACUACAAAUUAAACACCCUGCAGAAAACUCCAAGAUUCAAAAUAAAUGGCAAAGCAUUCUUCGAGAACAAGAAUUAAAUUGGAAACAAAUAUUUAUCAUGCCAUAUAAAACAACUAUAGAUAGCACAAUGAGAAACUUUCAAUAUAAAUAUGUCCACAGAAUCAUAGCUACAAAUAAAUACCUUUUUAAGUGCAACCUAUCCAACACAAAUUUAUGUGAUAUAUGCAGCGAACACAUUGAAACAAUAGAACACCUUUUCUGGGAGUGCAAACAUAUUCAAACUCUAUGGAACCAGUUAACAACUUUUCUAGAGAAACAACAAUUAAAAUUAAAACUGUCUCUCUUAAAUAUCAGUUUCGGUGUGAAUACUUUUAAAAUACCAGAAAUUAAUAACACUGUGAAUCACAUUAUCAUAUUAAUGAAUUUUUUUAUAAUUAGCUUCAAAUACAAAAACAAAUACCUACUUUCAACUGUUUUAUAAACUAUUUAAAACUAAAGAUCCAAAUUGAAAAAGAAAUAGCCCUCAACAACGAUAAACUUCAUAUUUUUGAACAAAAAUGGAAACGCAUAAACUUUCAUAACCCAGUCCAAUUGUCAUCCACCUAACUCUACGCAACUCAUCUAUAGGAUUGAUUAUUACAUUUAAAAAUAACAGCAUACACCACAUGCAACCAAAGCAAAAAAAAACAUUAUAUCCUAGCAUAUCAUGUAUAAUAUGUGUUUGAUAUUAUUACUGUUGUAUUAUACCACCUUUGUUUUUGCUUAUGCACAUAUUUACAUUGUAUGUUCUAUAUUGAAUAAAAAAAAAGUUUUUUA